AGCGCCGGGCGGGGCGUCGGUUGCCAGGGCCGCGGGAGGCGAGGCGGACGCCGCCAUGUUUUCUCUCAAUAUGGUGUUUGACCUGCAUAUGAUGUGCCAACUGAGGUUUCACUGCCACUGACCAGAGCAGAAUACUUGUUUCUUGUGUCUCAGAGUCAAGAUGACAGAUUUGCUUUCACUGCUGAAUGGUAUGACCCAAAUGCUUCACUUUUUCGGCGUUAUGAGCUUCUGUACUAUCCAAAAGAUGGAUCAGUUGAAAUGUAUGACGUGAAGAACCAUCGUACCUUUCUGAAGCGCACCAAGUAUGAGAGCUUACACCUUGAGGAUCUUUUUGUGGGCAACAAAAUUACUGUAUUUUCUCGUCAUCUUUCUUUAGUGGACUACGGGGAUCAAUAUACAGCACGCAAGCUAGGGAGCCGCAAAGAGAGAACAUUGGCUUUGAUUAAACCUGAUGCAACACCCAAGAUUGGAGAAUUAGUAGAUAUCAUUAUUAAUGCAGGAUUUACAAUAACUAAGGCCAAAAUGAUGGUGCUUUCAAGAAAAGAAGCAGUUGAUUUCUACGUAGACCAUCAAUCAAAACCUUUUUAUAAUGAGCUUCUCCAGUUUAUAACAAGUGGUCCCGUUGUUGCUAUGGAAAUCUUACGAGAUGAUGCAGUUUGUAAAUGGAAAACAUUACUGGGGCCUGCAAACUCUGCAGUGGCUCGAACUGAUGAACCAGACAGCAUUAGAGCUAAGUUUGGGCAUGAUGGCAUGAGAAAUGCAGCUCAUGGCCCAGACUCAGUUGCCUCAGCUGCUCAAGAGCUGGAGUUGUUCUUUCCCUCCAGCGGAGGUCGUGGACCAGCCAACAGUGCAAAAUUCACAAACUGUACUUGUUGCAUUAUUAAGCCUCAUGCAGUUAAUGAAGGACUAGCUGGGAAGAUUAUAAAAGCCAUCAUCAAUGAAGGAUUUCAGAUCUCAGCUUUGCAGAUGUUCAACAUGGAGCGUGCAAAUGUGGAAGAAUUUUAUGAGAUUUACAAAGGUGUUGUUGCUGAAUAUAUGGAGAUGGUUACAGAGUUGUGCUCAGGCCCUUGCAUAGCAAUGGAGAUUAUACAGCCCGAACCUCCAAAAGUGUUCAGAGACUUCUGUGGUCCAUCUGACCCUGAAAUAGCCCGUUAUCUCCGACCUGGAACUCUGCGUGCUGUCUUUGGGAAAAACAAGAUUCAGAAUGCUGUCCACUGCACCGAUCUACCAGAAGAUGGACUUCUGGAGGUGCAGUACUUCUUCAAGAUUCUGGAUAACUGAGAGCCCCCACCCCCCAAGCAGAAGGCACGGGCACAAAGCAGUGUUCAUUCAUUUAUUUGUCCAAUAUGUCAACCUGACUGAAAUACAAGAUCAACAAGAGCACUGUACUCCUGGCUAGUAUUACAUGUUAGAACAUAGAGUUUUGCACUUUAGACAACAUUUAACACCAUUCUAUGGGGUACUGCAUUGCUUUUAUAAAGUUUAAAAUAAAGAUUUAUUUUCAAACA